AUUACAGCUCAGCAGGCUUGUGAUGUGCAAUUAGUGACGGAAGUGUUCCCUGAUGGUAGUUUCCAGCAAGAAGUUUGGACCAAACUGGAAGCAUAUGCAAAGCUACCAGUAAAGUCGCUUGUCUACUCCAAAGCACUGACAAGGGAUAUGGAGAAGGAUAUUCUUCACAAGGUGAAUGAUGCUGAAUGUGAACGUUUGGUUGAGCGCUGGACAUCAGAGGACUGCAUCAAUGCUAUUGUAAAGUUCUUUAACCGCAAAACGUAGGGAGGUUAGUUUGUUAAAUGAGUUCUUCAAGAUAGUUCAUUAAGAAAACAGUUAAAGACAAUUUGGAAACAACAUCUGGCAAAUGUAGAAGAACCAAGUGUCUUGCAAUACAUUUUUUCAACCAGAAAGCAAAAUCUCACCUAAAACCCAGUCUCCACCCUGCAAUGCUGCUCCAGACACUGCAGCUGAUCUGCUCUUUACAUCUUCAACAUUCAUGCACCAUUCCACCACAGAUGAUCCUUCAGUAUAACUUCCACACAAGACCCCUGGGAGUAACUGACCAUUGUUUUUAAUUAUCUGAGGUUCUUUCGCUUCCAGGUUGUAAAAUAUUCUCAUUUGUUUGAAGAGCUGAUUUAAAAGCAUAGAAGCUAUGAGGAUAGCAUAUCAUAUACAGUUAUUAAUGUUGGGAACUUUGAGUACAGUACAGGCAGUCCCCUGAGUUGUGAACAGGUUAUGUUCCUGGACCCUGUUCAUUAGUCACAACAGCAAAAAUUCCAUAGUUUAGGUUAGGUUAAAGCAUAGCCCUGUCCAUACAAAACAAAAAAAUAUCCCAUACAUAACAAAUAAUGUAAAUACUGUAGAUAAGUGAUGUUAAACAGUAUAAAGUAAUGUAAAAAAAAUGGAAAUUUAGUUAAAGAUAUUUGUGAUAAAUAUAUUAGGAUCCCAUUCAUAGAUGCGAGUGUUCAUAAGUCGAGUGUUCGUAACUCAGGGCACUGUCUGUAUCUUGUACUGUAUAUGCAUUUUGACUACUUACAAAUGAAAUACCCUAUGGAAGAACUCGGUAACAGCCAAAAUACAAAAAAAGCCAGAAAAUACA